CGACAUUCACAUUCACAUUCAUUGAUUCACGUGCACAUGCACAUUCACGAUUCACGGUUCACGAUUCACGAUUCACAAUUCGACAAAAGUGCAAUCGUUUGCAACUUUCAAGAGCUUCUCAAUUCGGAGCCAUUCGAUCCCACACACACACACACACUUUCUCUCUCUCUCCCUCCCCAGCUGUACGAGUCCUGCUGCGGAGAGGGGAAAGGGAGAAGGAAGGCGGGGGGCGGUACUAGGGGGCAAAAAAGUUGGGCCAACCAGGUGCAAAGCAUAGAAUAGACGCCCCAUUUUCUUGAUUGUUCGCAACUUUUUGCCGCAAAAGCCCCCUCGCAACUCCUCGCAAACUCCUCGCAAAACUCGCUUUUGCCCUGACGCACCACGCACCACGCCCCACGCCCCACGCCCCACGCCCACGCUCACGCAUCGCGAAUCGCGACAGUUGAGGAUCUCGAAGUUGAGGAGCCGAGCAUGUCUUCCUCUGCAGGUGCUUCCUUCAGCUCAGGCAUCGGUGAUCAGCAGCAGUGGAUGGGCAGGGAUGACGACUCGGCACGCAGCAGCAGCAGCUCCGCUGAAGCAUCACGUGCAGAGGCAGAGGAGCAGGAAGAGGAAGAUGAAGAGCAAGAAGACGUAGACGUGGAUCCUUAUGCUCCUCUGAGUGGGGAAGAGUACUUUGGCGGAGAGGAAGCAGCAGCAUCAUCAUCAUCAUCACCACCACCACCACCAUCAUCAUCAUCAUCAUCAUCAUCAGCAUCGCCACCUUCUCAUCCUGCUCCGCACAUCGAUGCGCACUCCAUCCCUGUCGAAAGUCGCAGCAACUCUUCAGCGCGACCUCAUCCCCGCGCCAACGCCAGCACCUCCGCCGGAUCGACUCGGUCGAGGCACGUGCACGAAGAGGCAGAGGAGGAGGAGGAGGAGCCUGCCUUUGGAGGAAGACCUUUUAGGGACGCGCACAGGUUCGCGGGCGUUGCAGUGGGAGACGAUGCGUCUCGACGUCGACGACGUGCUGAGCAGGCACAACGAUUCAGCGCGGGCGAAGGAGUGCAGGAGCAGGAGCAGGAGCAAGAGCAAGAGCAGGAGCAGGAGCAGCAGGAAGCGGAAGAGGAAGAUCUGUACGUCAUGCUGAACGUGUCGAGGGAUGCGAGCGCAGAGGAGAUCAGAGAAGCUUGGAGGAGCAUGGCUGUGCUGCUGCACCCCGACAAGCAACCCAUCGCGCUCAAAUCGCAAGCUGAAGCGCGUUUCCGAGCAGUGCAGAGAGCUUACGAGGUCUUGUCGGACGAGGAGAAGCGAGCAGUGUACGAUCACUUGGGUUUGCGAGCAUUGAGCCAAUCUUGGGCUCUCACCGCCACACGCGAUAAUCACGCGCCCGAUGCCAGGCAGAUGCGCAUGGAAUUGGAGAGGGCUGCCAUGCGCAAAGCGGCCGAAGAUGCAGAGGCGCUGGUCAAGAGCAGAGGCGACUUCGAGUGCAAGAUCGACGCGAGCACGCUGUUCUGUCAUGCUGGUCGCGUACCGCGCAAAUUGGGCUCGACUGGACCUCUGCGCCUCUCUGAACGUCUCAACAGGGUCGGCUGCACCCAGCUGGUGGGCAGGCACGGAUUCGAAGUGCCAGUGGGCCAGAACAGCAGGGCUACGCUCAACGCGCAGAUGAUCAGCAGAGCGGGCGCGGGCGCGGGCAAUCUGAUCGGCAGCAUCAAGACGCAGUGGAGUCCGCGCUUGUGGAGCGAAUUCAACUGCACCGCUCUCAAACCUCACGUGGCCACCGCAAAGGCGCAUUGGGACCUCAACCAGCUCUCCUUCUUCACCUUUGUAGCCACACAGCAGUCACUCGCAGCACCGCCCGACCUGAACGUGACGUACGGACAAAGGCUCUCCUCCAAGUCCACCUUGACCGGCUUCACCUCUUUCAAAUUGGGCCACUACGUCUUGCCCUUGACCAGCUGGGGAGCGGGAGUUCCGCUCAUGCAGCAAGAGCCGCCAAGCAUCACGAUCGGCUUGACCAGCCAAUCCGCGCCCGACAAGGGUUGGACAGCUCAAACCACCGUAUCGUCCCUCGGACCUGCGCUCUCCUUUUCCCGCGGAACGCGAUUAGCGCUGCUUGGAGGAGCGCGCAUCAAGUCGGGCAUUUCCAUCGGUGCGGCGCAGGGUGUGGAUGUGUCCCUGUCUGCGGAAAGAAGAGUGACGGAGAGCACAAAGUUGAUGUUGGGACUUUCGGCAGGCAUUCCAAGGCCCGGUCUGACUUUGCGCAUCCGCGUAUCGCGAUUGGGCCAGAAGCUCAGCGUGCCCGUUUUGAUCUCGCCGGAAUUCAGAUCGGACCUUGCGCUGGGCUUUUUGAUCGUUCCUGCUGCUGCCUUGUUCGCUUUGGAACACUUCUACUUGAAGCCGAGCAAGAGGAGCAGGAUCACCAAUAGGCUCAGAGAGCUUAGGGGCAGGAACAAGCUGCUGAUCAAAGAGCGAUUGGAGGCGGCAAAGGAGGCCAGAUUGGUCUUGAACAAUAGCGCCAGGCUCAAGGCGAGGCGGGCGUGGGAUAGCAAUGGACUGCUCGUGCUGAGCGCCUUGUAUGGCCGCAAGGAGCAUUUCGGUAGAGCGUUGGGAGAGGCGGAGGAGGUGCUGCUUGGAGCGCAGCAGGUGGCUAGCAGGGACUUUGAAGAGGUGUAUAGAGAGGCUUGGCAAGGAACGCAUGUGAUUGGGGCGCAAGAGAUCGAGGAGGAGGAGGAGGUGGAUGUGUGGGAUGUGAGGAUACCUUUGCAGGCUUUGGCGCAUAGAGAUCAGAUCACGAUUCAUGGCGGAAGAGCAAAGUCAUCUUUGUUGGGCUUCUUUGAUCCUUGUAUGGGAGAAAGGAAACACUUGUUGGUCAGAUAUCUGUUCCGGGGAAGAUUGCACCAGGUCAUCAUCAAUGAUGUGGAGCAGCUGACUUUGCCCCUUCGAGCACAUCAAGUAUAGAUCGGUCAGGUACGCUGGGUUCUGGAUGUUCGUUUGCAAAGCAUCAUAAUCAGCGGCCAUGCCGCGCUGUCAACCUCGUUUCGCAGAGCUAAAGCCUACGCAUCAAUGCAACAUUUGCCUCAUCGUCGUUUCAGACUUUAUGCAAAUCGGAAAUGUGCAGAGCUGCGCGGGAUCAAACAGCAGGGGGCGGAGUCGAGUCGCCUCCGCCUGCGAGAAAGCUUGUCGAUCAAGAAACCGCCGCGACUUGUCUUCUCUUGCGCGAACUUGCGAUCACCUGCUGUGUGUUGUGAGAGCGGAUUAGUCGACUUGGCAAUUGAGCGAGUAAAAACACGCAGCGC